AGAUGAUGACCAGAGCAGUGGGAGCGGGCACUCUGCUGGCCCUUUGCUUGGCUUCGGUCCAAGGAACUCUGCCCGGCAGCGAUGUCCUUCUGGCGAAAGAGCGUGGAGUCGCCUCCAUGGCGGACUACGAACGGUUAAUGAAGCUGCGCUCCCUGGGAACGGAGUUCUUUCGUGAGUUCCGGAACAUGUCGUCGGCGGACUUGCACCUCCUUGAGGGACGGCUCAGCCAACAGGAUCUGGUGUGCCUGGCGGACAUGGCCCAGUUUAUGAGUGGCCUCACCUCCGCCAAGAAGUGGGCCCUUACAAUGAUAGAUGCCUGGGGCACGAUUCCCUCGGGGUACAUGUACGGCAACCGCUUCGACAUGGGCAACUACGAGGAGUGCCUCCGGGUGGAUGGUGCCGUCAGUGCGACGCACAGCAUCAAGGGGAAGUACUGCUUCUUGGAGCUGCCGUUCUACAAGUGGCUGGGCCUCACGUCGGAGGUCCUCGAGGUGACCAACAUGCAGACCGCCCUGUGCUUUCCCUCCUCCUGUUCGGCGAGCGCCAUGGAGACCUUCCUGAAGCAGCUGCUCCAGCGACUCCUGGGCGUCGGCGACCCGAGCAAUUUGUUUUCGGUCAGCGAGGAGACGUGCAAGGUGCGGGAGAGUGAGCCCCUGGAUGGACUGACCAUAUUCACCAUCGUCCUACUGGCCGCGUUUUGCACUGCGGUGGUCGCUUGCACCCUCUUCGACUACUUCUUGUGCCCGGAGCAGGAUAAGAUUCCCAGGCUCAUAAAAGCCUUCUCUGCCCGUGCCACCUCGCGGUCUCUGUUCGCCGUUGUGGACCCCAGGGCAAGUCCCAAUGUGAUCCACUGCCUGAACGGCAUGCGCUGCGUGUCACUUGUCUGGGUCAUCCUGGGCCACGAGUACGUCAUCAGCCUGAAGGCGCCGGCCAUCAAUAUGUUGGACAACUUGAGGUGGAUGUCGCAACCCUUCACCAGCUUCAUUCUCUACGCUCCUUUCUCGGUGGACACGUUCUUCUUCAUCAGUGGCUUGCUCUUGGUCUCCAUUGGCCUGCGCUCCUUGGAACAAACCAAGGGAAGGCUGAACGUACCGCUCAUGUACCUGCAUAGGUAUCUGCGCCUCACUCCCAUUGUAGCCGUUGCCCUACUAGUCUAUCUCAAGAUGCUGCCCCUGUUCGCCGGCGGUCCUGUGUACGAAAGCACUGGAUUCUUCGACUACGCCACCUGCGAUAGUACCUGGUACUUGACCUUGCUCUACGUUCAGAACUACGCCACCAGCAGCAUGUGCCUUCCACACACCUGGUACCUGGCGGUGGAUAUGCAGCUGUACGUCCUGUCCCCCGUCUUGCUGAUCGUCCUCUACAGGUGGGGCAAGAAGGGAGCCGCAGGCAUCCUGCUGGUGAUGCUGCUGCUCUCCGCCUGUCUGUUCGCCACCAUAAUGACAAAUGACUACGGGAUAAUGUUCAAAAACGGUGGACAGUUUCCAGCGGUACAGAAGAAGAUCUACUACGCCACGCACACCCACGCGGCGCCCUGGUUGAUUGGCACCCUCUUCGGGUACUUCCUGCACCUCAUUCGCGGCAGGAGGGUGGCGCUGAACCGCCUGGCAGUCUGGGCAGGAUGGCUGCUCUGUCUGGCCAUGAUGUUCACCGCGAUCUUCGCCCUGUUCCCAUAUGCCAAGCUGCUGGGCCCUUCGCCCACCGUCCUGGAAGGAGCCCUCUACUACACCCUGGCCCGAAUUGGCUGGCCUCUGGCUCUCUGCUGGGUGGUCUUCGCCUGCAUCCAGGGAUACGGGGGACUGGCCAAUAGUUUCUUGUCCUCGCCCCUCUGGCAGCCCCUUUCGAAGCUCUCCUACUCGGCGUACAUUUGGCACAUCUUCAUCCAGGAGGUUAACAACCGGCGCAUUCGGUCGAACACCUACUUCUCCAACUACGAUGUUAUGCUCAACUUCUGGUCCACCUUUGGGUUCACCCUGGUAAUGUCCUAUGUGCUCUACGCCAUUAUUGAGGCACCUCUGGAAGGGCUAGAGAGGAUGAUGUUUCCCAAUCGAAGGAGCUCGCCCGCACCUGCAAAAAGGAAGUCCCAAUCGGAGAUCCAGAUCGGCCAGGAGGAACUGCCCCAGAAGGAUGGUGAGGCGCAGGUGGACCAGGCUGACACGGAACGCGCCACUACGAAAGCAGCCAAAGGGUCAUAAAUAUACCGUAGUUAGAAAAUAAGCCUCUUAGUAGUUCCUAUUUACUCUUCA